UCGAGAGGUGCAGAAAUUAAUCCGAAUGGUCCUUAGAGGUGGCCAGGAACUGGUUGUCUUCAAGUAAAGUUAAUCCUCUUAGAUCUUGCAAAAUUGAUUCAGUGAAAGUUCAAGCUUAAUCCUUAAAGAACAUGUUUUGUUCUUUUGCAGCAAAAUUUACGUUGAGCAGGCCUUGGAUGAAGAUUCCUAGGUUUGGAUCAUGAAAUCAUAAGAAAAGGCAUCCUUUUCAUACAUUAAUUGAUCGUAAAAUUAGUAAGAUCUACUAGCAAGACAUAGGAAAAUUCUUUAAUCUCCAAAAUUUGGGCCUGCUGUUGAUGAGGAAAUCUGUUUUUAUGUAAGAAGCUCACAGUGUGUUUGGUUCAUGAAGAGACAACAUAUCAAUCAGGGACAUGCAUUAUGCUGGUGCGUGAUUGUUGCCUUGGCUACUUUUUUGCCAAAAAUCAUUGUCAAUGUAGGUUAGAUGAUCCAAGAAACUUAUGGUGAUUCGCUGUUGUGGCAAAUAAGUAUUUCUCGAGACUUAACAGUUUGAAAUCAGGCAGAGCUUAACUUAGGAAAUGUCCUAAAUGACAGUGAAUCAGAUGUAUUGAUGCUAAAAGGAACUGCAUGAAAAUGAAUCAAAUGAAAGGGAACUAUGUGUAUGGGGUCUAAGUGCUACAUAAUUUGUGUUGUCUAUAUUCAUUCGCACUUAGUUCCUUUCAGCAUAAAUACAUUCAAUUUCAUAUGUGCUUUUUGGGAAAGGACCCAGAAUCAUGGUAACAAGCUUUUUUUCCAAAACAUGUCUCUUCGCACAAUGAAUAAUCAUUUUCCUUCUCUAAGUUAGCUUAAACUGCUUGCUUGACACGGAAUUGUCAACCUUAGAGACCUGUCAGACAGAUUUUUAUGGAAAAAUGUGUGUGGUUUGUCGAAUUUAUGAAUUCUUUACCACUGACCAGAUUUGUGUCAAGGGAAAUUCCUACAUCAGGUUUCACACUUUCAGCAAUAAUAGUUAAGUACACUUUCAUUUUUUUUUUUCUAGAAUGCUCUAUCUUCAGUACAAAUAUUUUAUUUAAUUUUGACAGAAGUCCUAAAUGGUAUUUCCAAUAAACCUAAACUUCGGUUGAAGUACUUGGAAUACCCUCCUCCACGGCAGCUUUGUUGAAGUUAAAUGUACUGGAGAAUAGAAUAAGUUCUGUUACAUACUGGUUUUACCUAUUAUCUCUUGCAAUUAAUGAAACGAUUGUCCAAUAGCACAUUACAUCUUUCUAAUAAUCAAACGCUAAAUUCAUCUUUUGAUGAGAUGUUUUUCUGUAAUGGCUUAGUUUGUCCCCUUAUACUGAUCUGAUUGUUCUCUCAUAGUCAUGUGAGAUGUCCGUGGUAUUUUUGGGGGGAAAAAAAAUUUGAUUUCAGGAAAUGAAUUAGUCUCUCACAAAAAUUAACCUCAAAUGGAGGAAGGAUCCUUUUUCAAGAUCUUCUAAGAAUUUGUAAAAUGUGCAAUAAUAAGGCUGAUGAGUUUUUUUUCUUUCUUUCUUUCUUUUUUUCAUGCUAAAUUUUAAGUGUCAGGAAAUGCCAUCAAGUUGCUUAGAUUAGGUAGUUUUAAAUCGUAACGUCCAUCUUUACACCAGUCUCUGAACGGGAUGCAAAACAACCUUGUAGUUACCAUGGUAACCAAGAUAGGGUCAGAACUCCGUUCAAGAAGUUUAUGCAUGAAACAAUAACAACAUUCAAGUGUUUUUUUUGCCAAAUCAAUCAGAAUUUCAACUCAACAUGAGUGAUCAAUCACAAGUUGCAACUCCAUCAGAUUUUGACUCAGGAAGUGAAACUCAACUGUCAUUGUCAUCAAGAUCUGAAUGCCUUCUAGCACCUCAAUUCCCAGUGAAUCACGGUUUUUUAAGCAGGGAGAAUGCAGAUGCUCAAAACAAAAUUACACAGAUUGAAGAGAAAAAUUUGCUUUUAUCAGUGGAGAAUGAAAUUUUGGAGAAGUACCUCUUGAAAGUUGAUCCUGCAUCAAUUGAUGGAAUGGAUAAACUAUUAGAAAAAGUGAAUGAAAACAUAGCCAAAUCUCAAAUCAUCGUCCAAUCUCUGGAGCCUAUAUCAAGAGCUGGGAGUCGAACUUCGCAGAUAUCAAAGGCUGAUUCUGUGCACUCUGUUGGACCUACGUCGACUUUUACGCUGCCUGCGUCCGAAUCUCUCAAAAUACCACACAUAAGCUAUGAGUUUCGGCACGAUAUUGUCAGUCGAGAAAUGAACAGCAUGAAAUCAAAACUGAACAACUUGAUUGUCAAAAUGAGAAGGCAAAAAUCUAAUAUCACAGCCUGUUUGGAAGAAGUUGCAAUCCGAAUAAAAGACUUGACGGAAUACACAAAAAAAUUGAUGCUGCUUUCAAAGUCUGAUUCUAAAUCCAAAAUUAAUGUCGGCGUCUAUAUAGGUUUUAUGAGAGGUGUGUUGAAGCAAAUAAUCCAGAACAUUAACCAAGCGAAAACAAACAAAACUAUUCUAAGUAUUGAGAAAAAGAAAGUACUGCUGAGAAUGGAAGAUAAGGAAGAGCUAAGUUCGACUAUUUAUGCUAUUGACUUUGAUGUUUUGGAGAUACAGAAUCAAGAAUUGCGCAAACUGCUACACCAGAAGUGCCAUUGUUUAGCUUUGACAAAACGUUCUUUAGGCAGUGCUGAAAAAUCCUUGACAGCUUCGGUCAAUUUAGUUGAUUCUUUAAGUCAAGAGCUGAACAGUAUCAGAAAACACAUCAAACUUAAUCGAAAGAAACUUGUGAACCUUCGUAGGAAACGGAAAAAACUCGAGUCGGAAAUCAAACAGAAAAGAAAGGAAGCUCUAAUCUCUGAAAACUAUGUCAUCAAAAGCUCAGGCAAAAGUACAGAGGCUUUAGAUGUGGUGUCAUAUGCAUUAACUAAACUUUGCGUCAAUGAUCUGGAACGGAAACUGAAAAUCAGCUCAAGGAAGCACAAUCUCAAAUUGGGAUUGCUCAGUUGUGUGAGGCAUCAUUUCAAAGUUCUAACCAACCAAUCAAACAUGACCUACAGAAAUUCCCGAGUUUUGUAAUUAUCAACAAAAAAAUGUUCUUUGAAGUGUACAAGUAUCCUCUACUUAUCUUGUAUGAUUUCAAAUCAAAUUAAAUGAAAUUGAAUUUGAU